CAGCCAUGCCCGUCCUUUCGGAAGACUCAGGGUUACAUGAAACCUUGGCUCUCCUGACCUCUCAGCUGAGACCUGACUCAAAUCAUAAAGAGGAAAUGGGAUUCCUUAGGGAUGUCUUCAGUGAAAAGAGUCUCAGUUACCUAAUGAAGAUUCAUGAAAAACUCCGUCAUUAUGAAAGACAGAGUCCAACUCCUGUUUUACACAGUGCAGCAGGAUUAGUUGAAGACGUAAUAGAAGAAUUGCAGACAGCACCAGUGAAUAAUGAAGAAAAAGAGCUACUUCAGCUGCUGUCAACACCCCAUCUCAGGGCAAUGCUUGUCGUGCACGAUACUGUAGCACAGAAGAACUUUGAUCCAGUCCUUCCACCUUUGCCCAGUAACUUUGAUGAUGAUUUUGAUGAAGAAUCAGUGAAAAUUGUUCGGCUAGUGAAAAAUAAAGAACCUUUGGGAGCUACCAUCAGAAGAGAUGAGCAUACAGGGGCUGUGAUUGUAGCAAGGAUCAUGAGAGGUGGUGCAGCUGAUCGCAGUGGUCUUGUCCAUGUUGGAGAUGAACUAAGAGAAGUCAAUGGUAUUGCUGUGCUUCACAAACGACCUGAAGAAAUUAGUCAGAUUUUGGCUCAGUCUCAGGGAUCCAUAAUAUUAAAAAUAAUUCCAGCUAUCAAAGAAGAAGAUCGUCUAAAGGAUAGCAAGGUUUUUAUGAGGGCACUUUUCUGCUAUAAUCCCAAUGAAGACAGGGCUAUUCCCUGCCAGGAGGCUGGGCUGCCAUUUAAGAAGAGACAUAUCCUGGAAGUUGUCAGCCAAGAUGAUCCCACGUGGUGGCAAGCAAAGCGUGUCGGAGAUACCAACCUCAGGGCAGGCUUGAUCCCCUCAAAGCAAUUCCAAGAAAGACGAUUGAGUUACAGAAGAACUGUAGGCACUCUGCAGAAUUCCAAAACUGUGAAGAAGCCACUCUAUGAUCAGUCUUCUGAUAAAGAGGACUGUGACUGUGAAGGGUAUUUCAAUGGACACUACAUAGCUGGCCUGCGCAGGAGCUUUAGAUUAAGUCGUAAAGAGAAGGAGAGCAAUCAAAGUGAUGCAAAGCAAGCGGAGCAGGCAGAUAGAGCAGAGUUACUAACAUAUGAAGAAGUCACUAAGUAUCAACAGCAGCCUGGUGAACAGCAGAGACUGAUUGUUCUGAUUGGUUGUUUGGGGGCCAAAUUAAAUGAGCUCAAGCAGAAGGUUGUGUCAGAGAACCCUCAGGAGUACGGUGUUGCAGUUCCACAUACAACCAGAUCAAAGAAAAGUCAUGAAAAAGAGGGAGUAGAAUACAAUUUUGUGUCUAAGCAAUCAUUUGAGACAGAUGUACAGCAAAACAAGUUUGUAGAACAUGGAGAAUAUAAAGAAAAUCUGUAUGGCACAAGUCUUGAGGCAAUUCGGUCCGUGAUGGCCAAAAAGAAGGUUUGUUUGGUGGAUGUGGUCCCUGAAGCAUUGAAGCACCUGAGGACCCCUGAGUUUAAGCCUUAUGUUAUCUUUGUGAAGCCUCUCAUUCCAGAGAAGAAAAAGCCUGCUCUGAAAUCUCCGGUGUCAGAAGAACUCUCACCAUGCCUUCAGGGUGAAGAACAGCAGGAAAUUAUUAAUUCAGCAGCAUUCAUUGAAGAGCAGUAUGGCCAUUUAAUUGACACUAUACUGGUGAAAGAAGAUCUCCAGAGUGCAUGUAAUCAGCUGAAAAUUGUGAUAGAGAAACUAAGCAAGGAUUCAUUUUGGGUGCCAGUCAGCUGGGUUAGGUCAUAGGCGGUUAUUGUCUGCUUGAAGGAAGGAUUGUGUAACUGUGUAUUGUAAACGUGAAUUAUGAAAGGGAAACAUGUCAAAUCCACUUCUAAGCUGCCAUUCUAACUAGAAAAUAGCCUGUAAAAACGUAUUGAGAGAACUAAACAAAGCACGUCAGAAGACACUGCUUUCCUCAAUCAGAAUUUU